AUGGAAGCAGCUGGAAAACCUGUAUAUCUGCCUCACUUUGGGCACACCACCACUGAAAGACUCCAGCAGCUGACUCAGUGUUACCUUCUCAGGGUGAGUAAUCAUCGGAAAGCCACUGCUGUCCAGAAGGAUCACAACUUGCUUACGCCCAAGCCACGUCUUCAACGGGGUGGGAGCUCAGCUUCCCUUCACAAUACACUCAUGAGGAACAGCAUCUUUCAGCUAAUGAUCAACACUCUAGAUCCACUUGCUGAAGAACUUGGAGCAUAUGGAAAACUAAAAUAUUAUGACUCAAUGACAGAAGAAGGUAAAUUCCAUCACAGAGCAUCAAUUCUUCACAAACUGGCCAAAAACAAAUGUCAAGUAGAUGAUGGUGAAAAACCCAAUGCAACUACUAAUCAUGCAGAUAAAGUAGAGCUGCCAAAUACAGCCAAUGUGGAGGUUGAAGUGACACCUCCAAAGGAUUCUCCCCCAGCAGUGCAGAAUGGAAGCCUACCCAGUGGAGCAGAAGUUACAGCAGGACAGGCUGAAGCCUCUGCACAAAACGAAGAUGAAGACCAGCCACUUAGCUUGGCUUGGCCAGAUACACCACGGAAACAAUUUAUCUAUUUAAUUAUACUACCUAUCAUCUUUUUACUGUGGAUCACCUUGCCCGAUGUCAGAAAAAAAAAAUCACGAAAUUAUUUUAUAUUUACCUUCUUUGGAUCAAUCACCUGGAUUGCGGGUUUUUCCUAUCUAAUGGUCUGGUGGGCUCAUCAGGUUGGGGAGACAAUUGGGAUCACUGAAGAGAUUAUGGGAUUGACGAUUUUAGCUGCAGGCACUUCUAUUCCUGACCUCAUCACGAGUGUGAUCGUAGCACGGAAGGGACUUGGUGAUAUGGCAGUGUCCAGCUCAGUUGGAAGCAAUAUAUUUGAUAUUACAGUUGGACUGCCUCUGCCAUGGCUCCUGCACGCCUUUAUUAACAACUUCACCCCAAUCGAAGUCAGCAGCAAUGGUCUGUUCUGUUCAAUUGUUCUCCUCUUCAUCAUGCUUCUUUUUGUCAUCCUGUCGAUUGGGGCCUGCAAGUGGAAAAUGAACAAAAUUCUUGGAACUAUCAUGUUUAUACUCUACAUUGCUUUUCUGAUUACCAGUGUUCUGUUGGAGCAGAAGGUCAUAGAGUGUCCAGUGACAGUCGGAUCUUCGUGACUGUACUCCUUUCUUUUCAGUUACCGCUGGGAAAAUUUACUCAUCCUGCCUGCUGCAGCUUUGUUUUUGUUUUAAGAUUGGCUCAGCUGGCCAUGCAAUUUAAUGGAGAAUGAGAAGGUAAUGCUAAACAAUAACAACCGUAUUUUUUGCUUGAUUAAUUUUUUGUUCUCAUUUCAAGCAAAUGAAUAAAGUUGAUGUUUGCAUCUGUGGCAUUCCUGAAUGGAGAGAUUGACUCUGGGAUUUUUCCUCUGGUUUAAUCUGAUGUCUAUGGGAAGACCACUGCCUAAAUUAGUUAUACCCCCCCGUCAAGAAGAUUCUUUCAUUUUUCUUUCGUUACUAGGUGAUAUUUCAGUGGCAAAGGAAUUUUCCUUGCUAGUUUUUUUGUCAGAUAUUGAAAUAAUAUUGCAUUAUAUUUCAGAAUGGCUGGUGUGAAAUAAUUUACUUUUGAAAUGACAAAGGUGCAUAAAACUGGUUUGGAGGACAUUUUUUUGAGAGGGUUGGCAGGGGGAGGUUGGGGACAUAAUACUUUGGGUUCUCAGACAGUUAGCCAAACCUACCUUUUCUUUGGGAUCUGAGAAUCAGAUUAGUACUGGAGGUGUAAUGUUUAAUACAGAUUUACUUCUAUACGUCUUAGCAUUAUUUAUUACACAUUUAUUAAACUAUACACAAUUUUAUGUUUUACAACCUUUUUUUGGCUUAGCACAACAAUUUUAAUCACCAGUAUAUCUUAUGAAUAAACCAAUGAAGCUGCUAUAGAUUGUGGUACUUGAAAGCAAAUUCAAUCAGGUGUGAAUGGCAAUAUUAAGGUCAUAGAGCUAUUAAUCAAUUAUUAAGGUCGUAGCUAUUUAUCUAUUAUACACAUCAUCGCUUGCUGCCUAAUGCAGAAUAAAAUGUAGUCACUGACAUUCUGCCAUAUUAUGUAAUUAACACCUUAGGGCCUGUAGAUCAUCUCUGCACUUUACUUGGACAAUUAUAGGCUGUCAUUGUUGUAUGUUUUCUUUUUAGAAUAUGACCUUUUUUAAGACCGUAAUACAUUUUCAAAGUGAAACCUGGCAUAUAAUAGGUUCCAAUAACUUUUCAUUGAGUUGAGAUUUAAGGUACUGUUAAAUUUAAUCUUAAAUGUAACUUUGUUUGGAAAAACUGACUCUGCAUUCCUUUGUUUGAUUAGAUUGUGUUUGCACCCUUAAAUUGCAAGUACAGCAGUGAAUCAAGUUGUUAAUCUAAUAGAAACUCAUUCACUGUAUAAAUACUUUUGCACAGGUCUUUACAUCACUUUUCCUCUUGGUAUCAGCUUCGUGCAGUAUUUACUGAGAAACAAAUAGAGAUAGAGCAUUGUGAGGCAACUCACAUGGCACACUCAUAACAUCACACCUAAUGUAGAUCUUUACUCUUCAUUGUGCUACUGCGACUGGUUCUAUGUAAUAUGGUCAAUAUUUCAGAUUCAGAAAAUCUGGAAUACUAUGAAGAUAUGUUUUUUUUAAAUACUAAUAUAUAUAAAAGCUAAUAUUUAACUAGGGCUGCUUAAUGUUAAUGCUCAGCAGAUAUUCUGUUUGGUUAGGAUUCAAAUGUUCAUUUACAGCUGUCAAUAAAAAUCAAUAAUACAGCAAUAACCUCAUUUUGAUGGGCAUUAAAGUCUGCACUCGGAUUAAUAAUAAUCAUAAUGCUCCUAAUGAAAUGAUAUGAUAGUGUUACUACUAUUGUCAAUCUCGGGAUGGUAUUUGUUAUGUAAGGGGAUAUGUUGUUCUUGGAGUUGCAUGAUAACAGCAUUCUGGGCAGUAAUGGAAAGGAAGGUUUGUAUGUGGAUAAGAAAUUUCAUCAAGUCAGUGAUUGUUUUGACAAAACGAAUGUAAGCGCUAAAAAAGACUCUGAAAAUGAGAAGCUCAAGUUAUGCACUCAUCUUUUCAUUGAUUUUUGGCACUAGAUUCUUGGGAUGUAUGCUCCAUUAACUGAAUAUCAUGGGUCUAAGAAUCUGAACAAUUUCUGAAGCCCACUUUUAAACUUGGGAUGCUGGUACUGAUCCCAGCUAUAUAAAGGAAUGCAGGCUGCCAACAAGACCAAAACGAUUGUGAUCACAUACUUUGAAAUUAAUACACAAAUUGUUUUAUCAUACCUUUAACCAACAACAACAUUUGUCUUAACCUCUCUGUAACCUGAGAUAUAAAAUUGAAUUAAAGUCUAACUAAAGCUCAAGGGUCGAAACAAGAAGUGUAAUUUAAUUACUUAUUGGGUAAAUCGCAGUGACCCCUUUCUUCAAUCAAUUCACCCCAAUGUGUGAAACAGGAUUGAAUUAUCAAUUUUAUUAUUUGAUUGACAAAUAGACUCUGGCAAAAAGUGAACUUCUAUGUUCUUUCUGGAGGGUUUCCUUGAUUUGAAUUUGAUCUUUUUCAUUCUGCUUCUUAGCCUGAUUACAGUUUCUUUUUUUUAAAUUGUCUAUUGUUUAUGCCCCUCACUUAUUUAAGUUCUACUUUGUUUUCUUAUGGUUUACCAACUCUGUUUCUGAUUUUAAUAUUUUUGAACAUAGUGUUUAAUUCUUUUUUAUUCCAAAGUAUUCCGUUGUGUCCCUUUUUCGGUUGGUCUCAUUUUUCGUUGUUUACCGAUCUUCCAACUUAAUCCUGCCACUCCGUUUGCAAAAUUAGUACUUCAAUUGUAUGCAUGUAGUAGCUUCAGACAUAGAGGUUUAUUUUCAAUGCAUAAUCAAGAUACUACAAAAAACAGUACCAAAUGCCAAAAUAGAAGUGUGCAGUUAAUUUGUAUGAUCUCACUCCUAGCUAUGGUCUUUGAAAUUAGCCCUUCUUAUGCCAAUUUUACAUCUGUAACAUGGGUGAAACUAGAUCCAGUUUUUACCUUACUAAAUCAUGUGUUUUGGGGCCAUAGAUAAAUUAACAUCUUCAGAUAAUAUUAAAAAAUUGCAUAAACUUUCUUUCAAGUCAUGACAUCCUUUGAACCCUUCCUUGUGGCUUUAAAACACUCAUAGAUACCUUUUCUUUAUAAAUUAUGUAGGAUUUUAAAUUAUUCACUAAACUAAAGGUCAAAUGCAUAAAAACACGAAAGGUCAAACACAUAAAGAUGCUCAAAGAAACUGAUGAGUAGUUUUUUUUCUAUGAGCAAGAAUCCUUUUCUAUUCCCCAUUUCUUUGUACAUAUAUUUAACUGCAGUCAUGAGAGUAGACAAAUUUGUUGAUUCCACUGUCCUCUCUAUACAGCAGAGAGCAAGUCAAUGGAUGACUGAAGAGAACGGUUCUACUUCGUUUAAUUGCUCCAUACACUUGGCCAAUGCCUAAUGAUUUUUGCAAGUAAUAAACCCAAGGUUGGGAGCUCAUUGAUAUAAGGGUCACAGGAGCAAUCCUGUCACCCUGUGCAAUGAUACCGCAGUCCAGACUGUUCAAUUGCAUUAUCUUUCUAUGAAAAUUAGACAUUUCAGUGCAAUUGUAGGAACUGAGAUUAACUACAGAAAACCAUGUAACAGAAAUAAUUAGAUGUUUUUGAGAUGUUUUUGUAAAUAGGGCUAAUAUCUUAAUCAUUCCAUGGUAUGGAGCAUUAUUCAUUUUGCUACUGGUCAGCAUUGCAUUAUAAAAUAGCAAGUACUUCUGGAGGGUUUAAUGAUUACAGAUAAUUUUCAUUUAUUCUACAAUCUCAGGUCAUGGUCAACUUUGAGCCCUAAAGUCUCAAGUACUUGCAGUUAUGGUUAUGUACCUCAGUGGAAUUUAUCAUUGUUUCAUUCAGACUCGUGCAAAUUUAUUUCUUUAUGUCAAACCAAAUGCCUUUUAUGCUCAGGAUUAGCUAUGAGCUGUAACCUGUCAUUAGUACUCGUACAAUUGAGCCACACUUUAAUUAACUAUUCUUACAGAGCUGCACUAUUAACCAGGAGGAGUUAACUCAAACAAACCAAAAAUAGAUUUAUUAAAUAAAAUUAUCAUAAGGUGAUAUUAUUGCAAGUAAUUGAGUCCACCAUGUCAAAUAGGCAUUUGGUUUUGCUUAAGCAAAUUAUGAUUCUUUCUAAAGAUUGCGUUGUUUAGGUUGACAAUAAUAUUGAGUUAAAAUUCCUUAUUGACAGCAGUAAAUUAACACAUAAAUAUUGUAGUAAUAGCAUAACAAUGUUGGAUCUGUAAAGAUUAUAAUAGUCUUAAGUUAUCCCUAAAUUAUGGAUAAAGUGCAGUAAAUACUUAAAUGAUAAGCUAUUUUUUAAUGUUCCCAGAUAGAUUCCACUCUUUCAUUCCCCUGACCACCCACUUCUAUUCCUGGAUAGAUUGCAUGAAAAUGAACUGUGGCAACUUAUGAUUAAAACAUUUCUAACGGUCUGACCCUCCUAUUUUUUUUAAAAAGUAGCAUGUAUUCCAGCCAUUAAGCUAUGUUUUUGGUUUACUGUACCUGGAUUUAUUAUCUUUGUGCCAGACUACCAGUGUGUACAGUAUCAAUUAUAAAGCACCAGGUCCAAACUCAGUGGGUGGAAUAACCUCCAGUCCCUCCAUGCUUUAGAAAACACCCAUUCGACUUUGCAUCAUGCUUGGCUGCAAACUGUAUGCAGAUAAGCAAUAGAUUCUCAGAUCGAUCACUAUCAAUAGAAUUUUUAAUCUGUUUUGAAAUAUGAUACUGGAUAGAGAUUUGAAAAUGCUGUGAUCUUGUGUCAGGUGGAAGACCUUACAAAUGUGUUUCAAAGCUAACUAUUACAUAUAGAGACACAUAAUAAUGUUUUAUUAAGCACUAUAGAGCACUUAAAAGAUAAAAGACAAAUGGUGAAAUAUGCAUGUAUUUUCAUGAUGCAUACAUCAGUUUGGGGAAUUGACAAUUAUUGCAUUUCAUUAGGAAAGCUCAUCAGUGCUGUGAAUCCGUGAAAAAUGUUUAAAAUGUGCUUCUCCUAUAUCUGAAGCAAAGCAAUAUUUGGUUGCAAUAUCUUGAUGGUAACCAUCUGUUCUCAAAUCGUCAAUGCAUCAGUGAGUCUGUCAAUAUGCCUGGAAAUUAUAGCUAACCUUUUGGUUUUAGAUUCUAUUGUCCUAUGCUGGUCAUAUAGAAGGAAGAUUUCUCCUUCACCAGUUAAAAAGAGCCUGAAAAUGCUAUAAAGUUGAAAUAAAAAUGAGAACUCGUGAAAAUACAGAUAGUCAGUCAUCUGAAAGGACAGGCUAAUGUCACAGGCUUUCUGUUAAAAUUGAUAAGUGUCUCUGCUCAGCACAUUAUCCUGUCUUUCCUCUUUUUAAAAGGCUGACUGACAUAUUGUGUUAUUUGCUUCUUUUGUCAUUUAAGAAUUUUUUCUACCUUAGUUGGAAGUUUUACAGAUAACAUGGAGAUCCUAGCAAAGCCAAGAACAACCUAAUGUAAAAACUGUAUUCUAGUACAUGUUGGCUACUUGGAAAAAAAUCAUACAGCAGAAAAAGUUGCAUCUGCUGUCACACAAAUCACAUUGUUGGCAAAACUUUUUUGAAUAUCUAUAUAUAUAUAUAUAUAUAUAUAUAUUUGAUAUAUUUUAGCAAUACGUGUAACUUCCUCUGUUAACUCAACUGACAAAUUGUCUUGCAAUGCAAGCAGUUAUCCCUUUCAGUCCUGUCUCUACAGACUGUAAUGUCCCUGACAUUAAUUAUGAAAGUUGUGCACAUUGGUGUUUGCAGUAACCAAUGCAACUUUAAUAAACCAAUAUUGAUUUAGAAAAAAAAAACAGUAAUCUCUAACAUGCAUAAUUUCAAGUUAUUGGCAAUUCAUAGUCUUGAAAACAAAUGUACUGUACUGUGUAUUGGUGUAGUUCUUGUCAUUUCCCAAUGUCAUUAACAGUAGUGCACGACUGUAUAUAGAAAGAAAAAUAUUUAUUUGUACAUAAUCUAUUUAAAAUAUAUACCAAUGGCUUUCUGGGAAAAUGCUGUUCUUGCACUAUUGUUAUUGUUUUCGCUGUAUCUGUGUAAGGUUUCUCCACUAUGAUAAUAUUGUACACCUGAAGGCAAUCUAUUUCAAUUGUGUCUCUGU